AUCCUGGUUGAUUUUCCUGGUUGUUUUUCCCCUCUCCUGUUCAGAAAUGGCAUCGGACGUUUCCUCGCUGGGCGCAGCCGUCGGCUCCGGGACCCCCGGAUCAGGAGCCCAGCCUGGAGGGGCCGUGGCUCAGAGGGGCAGCAAGAGGAGACCUGGGCUGGACUUUGAUGAUGAUGGAGAAGGGAACAGUAAAUUCCUCAGGUGUGACGAUGACCCGAUGCCAAACGAUAAGGAGAGAUUUGCCAGGUCUGAUGAUGAGCAGAGUUCAGCGGAUAAGGAGAGACUUGCCAGGGAGAACCACAGCGAGAUCGAGCGCAGGAGGAGGAACAAGAUGACUGCCUACAUCACGGAGCUGUCGGACAUGGUGCCCACGUGCAGCGCCCUGGCCCGCAAGCCGGACAAGCUGACCAUCCUGCGCAUGGCCGUGUCCCACAUGAAGUCCCUGCGCGGCACCGGCAACACCUCCACCGACGGCACCUACAAACCCUCCUUCCUCACCGACCAG